AUGGGUCGGAAGCAUGUACCACAGCCGCUGACGCUGUCUGAAUCCCAAGCUGCCGACCAGCAACCUGAAGACGUCCCGCGCUCUGCUGAAACCCUCGUCUCUACUGCUCCCCCAAGCGCUGGCUCCAAAUCGCAAUCUUCUCCCAAAUCUCCGCGUUCUCCCUUUAGGUUCACUCCGAGAAGGCGCAGCACCAGUCGCAAGCAAUCUCUACAGCUGGCUGACGAGCAUCGAAACUUUGAGGACAUCAACUUUGAGCGGUAUCCGCCCAUUUCUUCCGCCCUGCACCGCGCGUCAGUAGAUACGGGUCCUCGCCAGCAUCACCAACACAACCCAAUUAGCCCCCGUUCGCCGCACCGCCUCAAUCAUCCCUCCCCCGGCACCUCCAACAAGCCAUCCAAAGGCGGCUUCUUCUUCAAUUUCACAAAGGCCUCCAAAUCGUCCCAUUCUGUCAGCUCUUCACCGUCGUCCUCUCACGACCAGCAUCAACUGCCACCAUUACCACCAUUACCACCAGUACUGCGCCAGAACCACCAACAGAACCCGACUCAAAACCCUGACUCGGGAGGCGAAACUAUGUCGAGGGGCCCCGACAAUGCUCCCUUGAGCACCCAACCCACCCAACCUACAGAAGAUUCAUCUUAUGCUGAGAACGCCGUCCAAAAACCCGCACCCACCCUGCCGUCCAGGUCCGACGUGUCAUUAGCAUCCGCUGCCGACUACGAUCCCGCCGCCUCUCAACCCUCCUCCUCAAAGAAGGGCAAGUCGAAACCGUUCGGUCUGCUAAGCCGUAGCAAGUCGCUUCGCGACAAGGACCGCGAAAAGGACGGUUUCAACGCUAGAGACAAGCAACCUAGCCCUGUACCUAAUCCGAUCACUGAGCCCGAACCAUCGCAUAUCCCUCUCGACCACGGCCAUCCGCGCAAGACGUCGGCACCGGCACCAGAUAGGUUAUUGAAGGAAAUGGUCAAUUCGACGGUGCAAAACCGUUCGGAAGACCGCGGGCCGUCGCGAGACAUGGGGGGCAAGGAAAGCCAAAAGGAGAGGGGGAAUAAGGAGAAUCAGAGAGAAAGAGAGCACCAUCCCCGGCAGAAUUCCUCUUCACAAAACGGUGGCUUUUUCGGUGGUCUGAAGAGUGGUAGAGACAUGAUUAGCAGUCGCCUAUUUGGAAAGGGAAGCCGAAGCGGCAGCACGACGGAGAGGGAACCCGUCAUCGAUGAUGAGCAUUAUGUGCUCAAGACGAUUAACCUACCUCUGGUGGAGCAGACACGCCGCACUCGCAUCUCGAAACGCUUGGAGGACUCCAGAGACAAGACUGAGUUCUGGAUGCCUGCAUUCCCGUGGCGCGCAAUUGACUACCUGAACUAUAAGGGCUGCGACGUUGAGGGCUUGUAUCGCGUGCCUGGGAGUGGACCGCAGAUUAAAAAGUGGCAGAGAAGAUUCGACGAAGAGUACGAUGUAAACCUGUUUGAGCAGCCUGACUUAUACGAUAUCAACAUUAUUGGCUCCAUGCUAAAGGCCUGGUUGCGAGAGCUGCCAGAUGAGCUCUUCCCUAAAGAGGCACAGGAACGUGUUGCGAGAGAAUGCGCCGGCUCCGAAACCGUUCCCCCACUCCUUAUCGAGGAGCUGUCCAACCUAUCGCCAUUCAAUUAUUACCUUCUCUUCGCCAUCACCUGCCAUCUCAGUCUCUUGUUGGCGCACUCUGACAAGAACAAAAUGGACUUCAGGAAUCUUUGCAUUUGCUUCCAACCCUGCAUGAAAAUCGAUGCCUUUUGUUUCAGAUUUUUGGUUUGCGAUUGGCGUGACUGCUGGAAAGGUUGCAAGAACGAGUCUAAGUAUAUCGAGGAGGAGUACCAACUUUUCGACCAGCCGCCUCCAAAGGGGCUAUCGGAACCUCGCAAGCCGUCUCGUGAGACUGCCAAGGAACCCACGCAAGAGGAGCCAGCAAUUGUUAUAGAAAGAGCUGCUUCAUCAUCUGCUAGCAGCAAACAUUCAAACGCCAGCACCGAGCAACCCAAAGAUAGACGGCUAAAAAAAAAGCCCCUCCAACUCUCUGAGUCCAACGGCAGCGUUGCAUCCAACUCCACAAUGUCGACAACUCUGACCAUUGACAGCGGUCGUGAUGUGCCGAGAGGCUCAAACGACUUGCGACCUUUGUCGCCUAUCAAACCUCUAUCCCCCCUUGGUUUCUGA